CCUACAAUACCACUACGCCAACAGUAGGGGCCGUUGUGUGUCAUGUUCCUGCCAUCUGCCUACAAGUCCGGACGGAGGGCACACAUUACCCACUGCCACUUUCCCCGUGUAUCAAAGCAAGAUGGCAGCUGUUGUUGAGAAUGUUGUCAAACUGUUGGGAGAGCAGUACUACAGAGAUGCCAUGGAACAAUGUCACAACUACAAUGCCAGGCUCUGUGCUGAGAGGAGCGUCCGGAUGCCAUUCCUCGACUCUCAGACCGGUGUGGCUCAAAGCAACUGCUACAUUUGGAUGGAAAAGAAACACAGGGGACCAGGCAUGGCUCCAGGGCAGCUCUACACCUACCCAUCCAGGAGGUGGAGGAAGAAACGACGAUCUCUUCCUCAGGAGGACCCCCGGCUCAUCAUCCCACCUGUCAAGUCAGAGGUGGAUGUAGGCCUAAAGAAGGAUGCUCUGUUAUCAGCGGAUGGCAGCAGCCUGGAGGCCCUGCUGAAGGGGGAGUCCUUGGAAAAACGGACGAUCACAGAGCUCCGAGGCUCCGAGGAGGAUUCAAACCAGAGUGACUACACCGGAGGCCUGAACCCUGCUGCUAGGAUUAGAAAGAGAGUCCUUGAGCCGGAUGACUUCCUGGAUGACCUGGAUGAUGAAGACUACGAUGAAGACACGCCUAAAAGAAGAGGCAAGGGAAAGGGGAAGGGCCGAGGAGCAGGCAGUAAUAGAAAGAAGCUGGACACAGCAGCCCUGGAGGACCGAGACAAGCCCUACGCCUGUGACAACACUAUCAAACAAAAGCAUAUUUCAAAACCUUCUGAAAGAGUCUGUGGGAAGCGUUACAAGAACCGUCCCGGCCUGAGCUACCACUACGCCCACUCCCACCUGGCUGAGGAGGAGGGUGAGGAGAAAGAAGAGAUGGAGAACAAUGAGCCUGCCCUGUCGCUGCCUGAUGAGCCUAAAACUCCCAAGAAAGGCCCAGAUGGUCUCGCAUUGCCUAAUAAUUACUGUGAUUUCUGCCUGGGAGACUCUAAAACCAAUCACAAGACAGGCCAGUCAGAAGAGCUGGUGUCCUGCUCCGACUGCGGACGCUCAGGCCACCCUUCCUGCCUGCAGUUCACUCCUGUAAUGAUGGCUGCUGUGAAGACGUACCGCUGGCAGUGCAUAGAGUGCAAGUGCUGCAACAUAUGCGGCACCUCCGAGAAUGACGACCAGCUUCUGUUCUGUGACGACUGUGAUAGAGGCUAUCACAUGUAUUGUCUCAACCCACCCAUGGCUGAACCUCCAGAGGGGAGCUGGAGCUGUCAUCUAUGUCUGGACCUUUUGAAAGACAAGGCAUCAAUAUACCAGAACCAGAACGCCCCACCAUCGUGAUGGCUGCCUCCCCCCUUCACACAAUCAUCACUCAACUGUCCCGCAGCAGUACGGUUUACCCUUCAAGAUCGACAAAAAAACUCCCCUGAUGAGCUGACCUCGGAGGGAAUGUGUUCAGAACAGACAAUAAAUUGUGAAAAACCGGCCUUACUUAGCUUCAGAAAUGACUGUUACACACAGUUACACAGUUCUAAGCUCCGAUUCAGACCAAUCAGUUUUGAUUUUCACCUCUUUGUCACAUAGCCAAUUUGAGCAGUACUGAAUUUCAACAAGAUACACAGUAUAAAUAGCCAAAAUCUGAUUUCCAGGUUGUUUUUUACACCUACACAAAGCUAAAACCAUCUCUAUCCUGCAAUGUACUGAUUUUAUGACGAGAGCAGAAGUAGAGCUUGUUGGGAUCAAGUAGCAUGUCAGUGCUUGUUCGUGGUUUAAAAAAAGAAAUAUUUUUUAUUUUAUAAUAUUUAUAUAUUUCUAUGGUAUAUAAUAGUGUUAAGUAUGUACAAAUUGGAGAGAGAAAAGAAUGGUCAUGUAAUGGUCUUUUUAUUAGUGCUCAUCUCAUCAUUAUGGAAAUAUUCACAACAUAUUCUUUCCGGCACUGCUUGUAUUUGGUUAUUCUCUUGAAAGAGUCAAAGGGAUCUUCUGAGACUGUAAACGACUUUCCAUCUCAUCUACUUCCGCUGGCCACACAGAAACUUUAAGCAAAUCAGGAACUAAUAAAUAGAAACCCUGACGUGCCCUUCACAGGGGCUCUAAAGGCUGGGGGACUUCAGGCAUUGCAGGUUAGACUUUAGUCGGGUUGUUCUCUCUUGUGCGCUAGAGGCUGAGGGAGCUGCACAGAGCUUGAGAGGAUGCAUGACAACAUAAUGUGCAUGUUUUAUUGAGGCUUUGGGGCCUUUUUGACAAAACUGUUGGUUGUCUAAUAUUUGACUGAAAAACUGUCUUUGAUCUAUACACCUGGCCUUGUUGACAGAUGAGAUAAUAAUCACCCAGGUAAAGGGAGAAAAAGGCCUUUGUCACUGUGUUUUAGCAGUUUGCUCAUCAUGCACCAUAUCCAAUAUCUGUUGAUGUUGUGACACCACUAGAUUAUUUUAAUGUGAUAGAGGACUACGCAUCCUUGUAGAUGGCCACUUGCUGACAAUGUUAAAGCAAUAUAAGAGCUCCUGGAGGAUGCUGGGAUUACAGGGACUCAGGGCAGAGUCACUUCAGGCUCUGUUUGCAGAUAAUAUAUGAUACGUUAAAUGUUCUUUCUCGGAAAAUUCUAUUACAGAUAGGGGACUGUGGCAGCAAAUAAGGAUGACUGUAAAAAAGAUUUUAAUGUGUAUAUGUUUAGUCCUAUGGAGGAAUUUCUCAUUUUGUUACUUCUUUCAUGGUUUUAUUAUACAAAUCCUUUUGUGGCAAGGCUAAAAGAAAAGGUCUGGUUACUUUACCUCAAACAGUAUUUAAAGGGUUGAAACAUGCUGUUGAUAGAUGGGACAAAGGCAGAGGGAUACAUAGUAAUGACAGCUGCAGUGUCUGCUUCAAUAACUGCAUAUUCUACAGGUAAACUAGUGCAUGCUCAGUAAUCGUCUGCACUCUCAUAUGCUACGUAGUCGUCUCAGCAUUAGGUCGGCAAAGGUGUUGGGAAGUGAUAUAAAUUAACCAUGCUAUCAUGUGUUUUCAGUUGCGAACUAACAAUUACUAAAGCAUUACACGAGUAUAACUUGGUUUAUUUUCUCAUCACAUUUAAACUUAGUUACUUAGAGACAGUGGCUAAUAGAAUAUUUUGCUGGUUGUUUUUGUAUUCAUGGCUGAUGCUUGCAUACCUGAUGUGUGGGACAUUUUGGGACUUAAGUGGAUGUUGCUAUCUAGUUAAUCCUGUGAUCCAGGUCUUAACUGAGUCGCUCUCCUUCAAAGCUCCAAACAAGAAGCAAAGCCCAUAAUGUCAUUAGAUAAUGUGAGAGACAAAUUCUGGAAGUGCAUUUUUAACACUGAAUGGUUAAAUAAUGAUGACCCAGUAUUAACCUUCUAGGCUGCACUCAGAGGAAAGCCAUAAACAACAAGGAAUCCUAACUGUUGUUAUAUUAUAAUUAAAUAUUCUUUUCUUUUUUGAACAAUUAGGGUUUUCUGGUCUCAAGCUUUGAGAGAGAAUUGUUCAUUACAACAAUGUUUAAACCAAGAUCACAGGUUUACAUAGUAGGUGAAUUCUCUUAGGGUGGAUUUCAUUUGGAUUGUGAUGGAAUGUUUUACUGUACGAACUUUGUCUUCAGGAAAUAAAAUACUAGGCACUAUAA